AUGAGCGGAAAGAUCAUCUUCUUCGAGGAGAGAAACUUCCAGGGCAGCUCGUAUGAGUGCGUCAGUGACUGCUCUGAGAUCUCCUCACACCUGAGCCGCUGCAGCUCCUGCAGGGUGGAGAGUGGGACGUUCAUGGUCUACGACCAGCCCAACUUCACGGGGCAGCAGUACCUCCUGACCAAGGGAGAGUAUCCUGAGUAUCAGAACACCAUCGGCUUCAAUGACUGCAUUCAGUCCUGCCGCAUUGUCCCUGUGCACAAGGGGCCCUUCAAGAUGAGGAUCUACGAGAGGUCAAACUUUGAGGGGCAGAUGCACGAACUGACCAACGACUGCGACUCCAUCCAAGAUCAUUACCACAUGUCCGACACGCAGUCCUGCAACGUGGUGGACGGCCACUGGCUCAUGUUCGAGCAGCCCAACUACGAGGGCCGGAUGUUGUACCUGAGGCCCGGAGAGUACAGGAACCUCAGGGAGAUGAGCAGCGAUGACAUGAGGUUCAAUUCGAUCCGACGCAUCACCGAAUCUUAA